UUCAAGUUUCGGAGUUCCGAAUUUCGGAACUGACGGAGUGAGGUUCCCACAGGUAUUUAUAGUCGUCGUCCCGCACAAAAGAGCGCCUGUUCUCACCGGUCACUACAGUGGCUCUGUUCAUGGGAAGUGCUCCUUCCUCGCUACGGCCCUGAAACUCCAGCUCAUUUGCAGCAGCACACUCCGCAGGUUUUCCACGUCUGCCGCGCUUCCAUGGCGCCCUCCUUCCGCCUCCUGUCAAUCCUCCUGCUCCUUUCGUCUGCCCUGGCAGCUCACGCCUAUGAUCUAGGCUACGAGCCACAGGACCUGUCCUCUGAAGAGGCCCUCCGCUCCCUCUUCACGAGAUGGACGGAGUCUCACCGCAAGUUCUACAACGCGCUGGGGGAGGACGAGGAGCGGUUUGGCAUCUUCAAGGACAACCUCCUGUACAUCCACGAGUACAACGAGCAGCACGGUUCCCACAAGCUCGGCCUGAACGAGUAUGCCGACCUGACGCACGAGGAGUUUAAGGAGAACAGGCUGGGGUACAGCUAUGACCGUGUUGCCAACCUGCUGAGGAUGCCUCGCGGGGAGUUUGUCCAUGGAGCCGUGACGGAGGUCCCAGAGGAGGUCAAUUGGGUGGAGAAAGGCGCUGUCACUGCUGUGAAGAACCAAGCUCGCUGUGGUAGCUGCUGGGCCUUCUCCACUACUGGUGCUGUAGAGGGUGUCAAUCAGCUGGUGACUGGCUCGCUCACCUCACUCUCUGAGCAAGAGCUUGUGGAUUGCGACAAGGUGCACGACAUGGGUUGCCAGGGUGGCCUCAUGGACUUUGCCUUCCAAUUUAUCAUCGACAAUGGCGGACUGGACACAGAGGAGGACUAUCCUUACAAGGGGUACAACGAGCGCUGCGAUGUUGACAAGGAGAACAUGCGUGUUGUGACCAUCGACGACUUUGAGGACGUCCCUGCCAACUCUGAGAGCUCGCUAAAGCAGGCGGUGUCACAGCAGCCUGUCAGUGUUGCAAUUGAGGCGGACAAGCGGCCGUUCCAGUUCUACCGAGGGGGCGUUUUCGACGGCGAGUGCGGCACUGCGCUGAACCACGGCGUCCUGGCGGUCGGCUACGGCGUUGAAGACGGCACUCCCUACUGGCUGGUCAAGAACUCAUGGGGUCCCGGAUGGGGGGCGGACGGCUACAUCAAGAUCAAGCGCGACACCGCCCCCGAGGGCCUGUGCGGAAUCGCCAAGGUCGCGUCGUACCCGCUCAAGAAGGGCCCCAACCCCCCUCCCGGCCCGCCCAAGCCGCACCCCCCCGCCCCGGAGCCCGAGCAGUGCGACGCGACGCACACGUGCAACGAGGGGACCACCUGCUGCUGCUCGAUCCCGCUCGGCAAGUUCUGCCUGGCGUGGGGGUGCUGCCCGAUGACGGGCGCGACGUGCUGCGAGGACCACAGGCACUGCUGCCCCAAGGAGUACCCGGUGUGCCACCUGGAGAUUGGGCUGUGCGCCAAGGGCGAGAACGUUCUUGAGGGGUCAGUUCCGAUGGUCAAGAAGGAGCCUGCGCAUUUCCACUUCAACUGGGCAGCGCUGAGCGAGUCAAUUGGCGUCGAGCCUGUCAAGGAGCAGCCAGAGGAGGCAGUGCAGAUCAUGUAAAUGAGGAGUCGAAGCUUGUGUUCUAGUCUGCCAAGGAUGUGCUUAUUGUAGAUUGCGAGGGGGCGUUCUUAUUUGACUAGAUAGCCUGUGAUCGAACAAGGCAUCUAUAGCGGGGAAGGUAGCCUACAGUCUUUUCAAUACUUCAUUGGUAGUUUGGGACAAGUGCAUAGUUGAGGCUGUUGCCAGGGUGUUGGUAGCUCUUGGGGAGUGGGAGUAGUCACAUUGGAGGGUGCGGUUUGAGAUAUGUUAGGCGUUAGGAUCAGCAAUUUAUGCUAGGUCUUGCUCGCUGAUUCUUCUGUAAAUACCAAUAGUGGUACAAUACGUGACAAUCAGACAAUGUGUAAUAAACGAACUCUCAACAGAGAUGUCAUACGAGAACAUGCGCCACAUUGGUUAGGAUUCUGCAUUGUAUCUGAAGAAGCAUCGGAGCAUUUAGAGUACCUAGGUUGAAGGAUUGUUCGAAUGUAGUUGUACUUGUUCAAAUUGCCACAUUGGGUAACAAGUUGGUUUUCAUUUCUUCAUUGUUUGAUUCAAUAAUCCGUGCCAAUUGCUGAG